AUUGUCCCUCACACUGGCCAAACCAACAAUGGCAUUAGUUCCUGUGGAGCGUGUUUAUAAGCCCCUGGCCACAGUGAUCUGGUGCUACAUGCAAGAACGUUGUGCAAAAGUGAAGAAGACUGGGACUUAGCACACUGACCUCUGUUAAGGUGAGAUGUGUUGAUGUGAUGUCUGGUUCCACUGAAUCCUCUGUGAGAUGUUCUGUAUGGAGCAUUUAUGCAGGACUGUAUAGAAUAAAUAAUACGUUUUUGCAUGAUGGUGCCUUAGACUUGGGAAAUUACUUUUAGAUCCCAGACACAACUGUGACUCUUAAGUGGUCAAAUGUACAACAAUGAAAUGUAGAUAAUCAAAACUAACCCUUUACUCUCCUUUCUUUCUCUUUCAGUCCAGCCUGCCCUUCUUCCCCACAAUGUUCAACACCACUCUGAACACCACCACCAAUGUCUUCGUGAACUCCACUCCCACUGGUGGCCCCCGUGGACCUCCUCCAUGGUACCAGUUCCCGGUAUGUGCAGUAGCCCCUUACAGCUUCAUUUUCUACUUCGGGGUCAAGGUGUUCAACCUGGCAGUGGGGACACCAUGUAACAUCCUGGUCAUCUGGCAGAUCAUCACCAAGAAAAGUGACGCGUCCACCUCUGACAUCUUUAUCUUCAACCUGGCCAUCUUGGACGCCUACUUCUGCUUAAUGACGCCCAUAGAGUUGGUAAACCGUCUGCUGCUGGAUGACAGUCGCGUUUGGUACUCUCAGAGGUUAGCAUAUGGCAUCAAGGACAUGGCACCACUCUUUCUGGUGUGUAUCUGCCUAGACCGCUACAUAGCUGUGGUUCACCCAGUGCUGUUCACUGGUAUUCGAGACAAUAAGAUCCGCAUUGGCCUUUCUGUGGUGGUCUGGGGCCUCAUCCUGGCUUACGGCCUCACCAAGUGCAUCCUGGGAGUCAUGAGCGUCAACGACGUCUUCAGCGUCGUCAUCCUCUUUGCCUUUGCAGUCAUGGUCUUCUGCAACAUCUCCGUCAUCUGGGUCCUUAGACGUUCUGUGGUGGGAAAAGAGGAGAUGCACCCGGUGAAGAAGAAGGCCUUCAAGAUGGUGCUGAUCAUCCUGGCCAUCAUCGUGGGAAACUACUUGCCGGUAGUGGCUCUCAUGCCCUUUGCGUCAUACUACUCCUACGUGGCGUUCCGCUGCCAGAUAAGCACUAGUGUGUUCUCUAUCAUGGAUCUGAGCUGCAGCAUUGAGCCUCUCCUCUACAUCACGAAGAUGGAUCGCGUGGACGGCAGGUGCUGUGGAAAGAGUUUCUCCAAGAAGCCGCAUGUUGUGAAGGUGUGAUCAAGCUUCAUAAAUUAUCCCUAUUCCCAUUUUAACCAUGGACCAACUAGACAAACGUGCCCUACAAAGCCAAAAUGCAAUAACUACAUAUGUAUAUGUUUAUAUCCUAUUAAAAAUUAUUAUGCCACAAAAAUUUACUAUUAUCUGAGGGCAGCACAGUACAUUUGCAGCAAGAACAGAACAGAGCUAAACUACUUAAUUUGGACAAGAAUGAUGCAUUUUCCCAUCACAUUCCCUGUAGAUUUUUGGUAUAUAGUCAGUUCUAAGACAAUGUUAUUUAAGGUAAAACAAUCAGCCUAUAGGUAUUAGUUACAACCUUCUUCUAAAUGUAGCUUCAAUAGAUCCAAAGCAAUCACAAUCACAAGAAAAGUUAGA